AUGAAGCCUUCUCGCGACCCCUCUGCAUCGGUCACACGCGCCGAGCUCGCCGGCCAGGCCGGCUUGGGCAGCCUCGCAGACGACCUCCUCCGUCAGUCCCUCACGGCCAAACCAAACACCUCUGCGGAAGGACCCGGCUCUGUCCGCAAGCCGCCCUCAGCGCCGCCAUCCUCCGCCAGCCUCCUCCGCUCCCGAAACCCACCAACCGGCGGUCCAUCCGCAGCGGACUCGCUUCUCCGCGCCUCCGUCCUCAGGACGCCCACGGCGUCGCCCUCCUCCGCAAGCCUCCUCCGCUCCCGAAACCCACCAACCGGCGGUCCAUCCGCAGCGGACUCGCUCCUCCGCGCCUCCGUCCUCAGAACGCCCACGGCGCCGCCCUCCUCGGCAAGCCUCCGCCGCUCUCAAAAUCCUCCAACCGGCGAUCCGUCCGCAGCGGACUCGCUCCUCCGCGCCUCCCUCACCCGUGCCGCCGCCGUCCCAAGCGCAGAGAAGCCGCCGCCGUACCACAGCGGCAGAUCUGCCUCUGUGACCAGGCCGCCAUCCACCACCACCACCGGGCCGGCGCUCGGCCGCGCCCCCCUCUCGGCCGCCGAGACGAAGAGCCGCCUCACAAAGAUCCUGACCGAGGUGGAGCGCGCCAAGGCGGCGGCUCCGCCGCGCGAUACCGAAGGCCUGUUCCGGGCCUCGUGCUCGACGGACCUGCUCUUCCUGAUUGACACGACCGGCUCGAUGGAGCCGUACAUUGACGCGGCCAAGGACCAGGUGCGCCAGAUUGUCAAGGACAUCAAAGAGGCGUUUCUCGGCGAGUCGGAUGUCCGCAUCGCCGUGGUCGGGUACAAGGAUCACUACGAGUACCCGCACAUUGAGUUUCUCGACUUUACGACCUCGGUGACCGAGGUCCGCAACUUCUUGUCCGGGCUGACGGCGGGGGGCGGCAGCGACAUGCCGGAGGAUGUGCUGAGCGGGCUGCGGCAGGCCGUCAACGCCUCGUGGAAGCAGCAGACGCGCUGCCUCGUGCACAUUGCCGACGCGCCGGCGCACGGCCAGACGCUGCACGACUUACCGGAAGAGGCCGACAGCUACUGGAAUCCCGGAAGCGAGCCGCAUGGCCUGACCCACGACGGCCUGCUCGGGCAGCUGGUCAAGCUGCACGUCAACUACUGCUUUCUCCGCAUCAACUCGUCCACCGACAGAAUGGCGCUCCAGUUUAGUCGAGUCUACGGGGGGGCCGACGUCAAGCUGUCCAGAAAGAACACCUACCACACCGCCGCCGCGGACUCGCUCCUACGGGCCAGGUCCCGCGCCAAGAAGACGGCGACCGGCACCGGGCCGCUGUUUGAGGAGAUGCAGCUCGGCAUCACGUACCAGGCGCUCCGCCACCUUGUCGUCAGCACAAUCACCUCGUCCGUCUCCCGCACCGCCACCCGUCUCACACUCGCCCUGAGCGGCAGCGGUGGCGGCGGCAGCGGCGGCGGCAGCGGCCCGCCCCCGCGUCCCCGUGGCUUCAGAGGCUCCGGUCUCUCCGCCGUUGCCGAAGAGAGAACUGCCACCGGCUCCCGCGCCAGCGAGACUGCAGUGCUUGAAAAGAUCCCUCCACGGUGGAACACGCCCGGUUGGUUGGAUCAGUCCCUCUACGUCGACGGUAUUUGCAUGAACCUGGCAAAUCAUGGGGCAGAUACUCUACAGGCCAUGAUGGAGGGUGACAACAACAUCAAACUCGGGGUGGUGCAGCUGGAGAUUCACGCACGUUCCAAACCAUUCGAUCAGGGAGCGCUUCGUGUGGCAACGUAUGCCCAACCUGCCGCUAUGACGACCGGGUUUGUCCUCAAAUCGUUCAAAAAACCGGAAGCGUCGCCUGCUAAAUUGAUCGAGGACAUGCGCAUGCAAGCACUUUGCAAAGCCUUCGCGAUCGAGUUCAACGGUCUCGUCAAGUCCUCUAAGCCAAUCGACUUUGUCACGACUGUUUGCUUGGAGGACAAAUCGCCUACUUCAAAGGGAUUUUUGUCGCUGGAGCGAUUCAUCGAGGGCGACUACGUCAAGUACAACAGCAAUGGGGGGUUCGUGCUGAUAGAUGACGAUAACCCGUUCAACGAGAUUGCCCAGGCGUUUUCGCACUUUACCUUUGAGCGUUCCUGGGGCCACCUCCUCGUCACGGACCUGCAAGGCAGCGGCAACUACUUCACUGACCCGGCCAUUCAGACCAGCGACGUGGAGCGCUUCAAGCUGAGCGACACCAACCUCCACACAAACGGCUUCAAGUUUUUCUUUUCCACGCAUACCUGUAAACGGACCUGCAGAAAGUUGGGCCUCCUCAGCAAAGGGGACAUGCUCAUUUCGGGCAAAUAUACCUUCAGGCAACUAUGGCCGGUCAUGGAUCCGACCGUCUGCUGCGCCAGCAAGCUCUGCCGCAGAAUCAUUCGUGUUGCGACGGCGAGUAAGUCGCCCGCCUACCCUGGCUGUCAUUGGUGCGACGAGUGUUUCCCGCAGCUCAUGGCGACUCGAGUACAGGUCGCCUGUGCGGCGUCCGGGCCGAAGCACACGUUUGAUGUUUCGAGCUUCUACUACGUGAGUCAGGGAGAACAUAUCCCUAGUGUGUGCAAGGAGCAUCGGGAGGAGGAUAAAACGGUAGCUCGGGUGGUUGGAACUGAACUGUGGGAGGCGACCAAGUCUCCUGAUGCCAAGAAUCGUUCGGGACGAGGUUGGUGA